AUGAAGUCCGCAAGCAACGAGCGCGCUGAAAACCUCACCUCCGCCCGCGACGACUGGGACGGGAAGGCCACCGGCAGACAGGAGGAGGAUGAGGAGGAGCCGUCUGCUUCACGUGCGGCGGCCAGGCGGAGGAGACGGCGGAGACGCCACAGAGUGAGAAGCGGCAGAGAAGCGCGUCUGCCGGGCGUGAGCAAACAGAGACAAGCGGCCAACGCGCGGGAGCGGGACAGGACGCACAGCGUAAACACUGCCUUCACCGCGCUGCGCACGCUCAUCCCCACCGAGCCCGCCGACAGGAAGCUCUCCAAAGUGGAGACGCUGCGUCUGGCUUGCAGCUACAUCUCACACCUGGCCAACGUCUUGCUGCUGGGGGAGGAGAGCCGCGACGGGCAGCCUUGCGUCCGCCACCGUGCUGUCGUUCACAGCUCGGCGCAGCCGCUGCGGCCGAUCUGCACCUUCUGCCUGAGCAAUCAGAGGAAACAACUCAGGGACGGCGGGAAGCGGCCGACUCAAGUGUGAGGCUUCGGACGCAGGCGGAUUCAUCACCAAUGUUUGUUUACAUUUGUACAUACUGAAAUAUAUUUAUUUUUAGUUUAGAGGUAACAGAGAAUCAGCACUGCAAAGCACUUUCUGUUCACAUUGGUGUGCCAACCAACCUGUGUUUUGGUUGAGAUGCAACCUGAUCUCGUGUGUAAGGUUGCACUAUUCUGGUCACACUAAUUGCACAAACACCCCCCCAAACACACACCCAAACAGCAGCUCCCCAGUGCGUCACAUGACCACGAUCAAGUAUUUUGCACAACCCACUUUUGUUUUUCCAAUGCACACACAAAUGUAAACCACCCAGGAAAUGUUGCACUACCUCAAACGUGUUUACCUCCACAUCAAACGUGUAACAUAACUGCUUCUUUACUUUUGCACAUUACUAAUAAAUAUUUUUGUACCAUGACCGAGU